CGUAGUUUUGCCGAAGUAAGGUAAAUGUCCCUCCUGUUUUUCCGUAUCUUACGAAAGGAAGGUUACCAAGCUACUGUGUGCGAACUUCUCGUGCUGGCGCGCUGACAUUGAGGAAAACUACGAAAUCCUGCGCUUGUUUUCAUCUUUUAUAAUAAAAGUCCCUUCAGGUUUCUCAUCAUGCUGUCUGGAAAGCGUCUGGCUGACAUCGGCUAUCGAACCUUUACCGGCACGAUGCUGCUGCUGACGGUCUACGGAGGCUACCUGUGUGCGAUGCGAGGAUACCGCUACAUGGAGAGGCAGAAACAGCUGCAACUGGCAGCAGAAAACCAGGAUCCUGAAGUCCUCAAAGACUGACCUCAGGUGGACUGCUGUUUUGUUCACAAAUCUGGACAUUUCCCAUUCCUUCCCAUUUUGUUUUUUGUCCAAUUGCUAAAUCAUGAAGAUGUCGAUUCUUUUCGAGGCGUCAGUGAGAUUUCAUUGAACAUGUUCACAAGAAAGAUGUUUUGUUUAUAAAAAACAUCACAAGGCAAAUUAACUAAGAAGAUGUUAUUUGCACCAUGGCCUGUGUAAAAUCUAUGUUGUGAUUGGCAAUGUGUCAGGAAUGAAGAUUGCUUUAAUUGUUUGUACAAUAAUAUAUUAAAUGCCUUCAACAAAU